AUGUUGUUUGCAUGGAUUCUCACUAUACUUGCUCUUUUUCUCUCGUGGCUGUGGAAUGUGCGGCUGCGUUCAUCUAACAGUCACAGGCCAUACAAGGUGCUGCACAAACCAAUUCAGUAUUUACAGGCGGAUUUUGUUGUUGUUGGGGCUGGUCCAGGCGGUCUUGCCGCUUCGAAAUGUUUAAUUGAGCAUGAAAAGGAAUGCUUGGUGCUUGUUAUUGAGCGAGGCAUGGAUCCAUCUCCUGCUGGUCCUUUUCCCAGGAUUACUGGUCUUGCGCACAGGCAUAAUUUGCUGUCGUAUGCCGUGGAAUCUGUUGGAUCAAAACUGGACAGCGGAUGGUACGUGGAAUACCCUUUGCGUUACGGUAGGAAUGAGGACGAUGAUGACGUCCCCUGCUCCGUUGCACCGUAUCCGAGAGGAUGUGCUGUUGGAGGUACUUCCAACAUGGAUUGGGCCCUGUAUUUCCCACCGGUCCCUGCAAAAGUCGGAUUGAAGCCCAUUGAAGCGGUUAUUGUACCACAUGCUUUUGCAGUUAGUCGAAACCCCUUGUCCUGGGGGUUUGCGGAGUCUGCUGGGGCGGUUUUGAAAAGGAAGCAUCUUUCCAGUUUUUCGGAGCCGUACAUGCGCAAUAGUGUCUUUCCUGGACUACUACGUAUUGACAAAUAUGGGUGCCGUCUUUCACUUUCACAUCAUUUGAUGAGCCAGCAAUCUCCCAGUUUUUCUAUUUUGGAAGGCUGCGAGGUUACAGGCUUUUCGUUUGACGACAAGGGCACCGUCACAAGUGUUCAGUGCAGAUCGGUAGACUCACAAAUUUUUAAGGUAAUUGUUCGCAAGGGUGUCAUUUUGUCAGCCGGUGUCAUAGGGACCGCGCGGAUUAUUAGACAAGUGUUUCCGAAGCUACAGGAGCACUUUUUUGUUCGUGAUUCGAUUGCAUUGCCACUAAUUUUUCGAGCCCGUCCUGGGAUAUCGGACGAUCGUCGAAAUCUCCGUUCGUUUACGGCACAAAUAAUGUGGUGGGUAGCGCGACGAGGACCUUUUUUGAACGCCGUAUGCGACACACUCGCGGUUGUGGAUUUGCCUUCGCUUGGUUCCCGUGCGGAACUUGUUGUCUUUUUAUUGCCUUUUGGGGGUCGCGAUCCCACACUGUAUCGUCGGUUGGGUUUGGAUCGCAUACUUGGCAUGUUUGCCGAGGGAUUUAUGAUGUUUUUGACUCUACGUGGCGUGGAUGGCGCAUGCUUUGAGCUAUCAGCCGAGUCUCCGGGGAAGGAAGUGGAAAGAAGAAAAGAAUUCCAUCCUCUGUUUGAUAGGGUUAUUUCUUUCCCCGCCUCUACAAUGUCUCCUAGUACGUUGACGAAUGUGGUGGCUGCCUUUAUGGAUGGCAUUCAACUUUGUCGAAAAAUCGUAGCUGAACCGCCACUUGCGCACUUUUCAACUGGGCAAGAGGCUGUAGAUGUGACGUUAUGCGCAGACCCUACACGUGCGGUUCAAUACGUGCAGUUGAUGCGGAAACCACCGUCAAAGCUCAAGGAAUGUCAAAGGGCGAGUGCCCCCGCAUUGCUUGCGUGGGCAAAGGAAUCCUCAAGAACUCCGGCGUAUAUGGAGGCAUACAUUCGACGACAUGCAAUUUGGUUUGGUUUCGGGAGUGGCUCCUGUGCGGCAUCUCUUGCAAAUGGUGAUGAAAGUUUUCGUGUGUCGGGCACCCAAAACAUGUUUAUUGGUGACUGCUCAGGUGUGACGGAGAAGAUGUGGAGGGCUGGCGGUGGUGACACACUAAGUGCCGGUUCUGUAUCCACGGCCAUGGCUCUAGGAAACGCAGCCGCAAUGGAGUUGUUAUCGCUUUAA